AUGGCUUCUUUGCUACGUCAAAUCGUUGCAGGGCCUCGCGCGAGGCAUCCUGAGGCGGGGCUGGACCUUUGCUAUGUCACCGACAACAUUAUUGCGACGUCCGGCCCCUCUCAAACUUAUCCCCAACGCGCCUAUCGCAAUCCUCUCGAUCGUCUCGUCGAUUUCCUCGAUUCGAAACAUGGCAAGAACUGGGCUAUAUGGGAGUUUCGUGGCGAAGGCACCGGUUACCCCGACGAGCUCGUCUAUAACCGAAUUAGACAUUACCCAUGGCCGGAUCACCAUCCCCCUCCGUUCAGGCUUGUUCCCAUGAUAGUUGCAAGUAUGCGGAACUGGUUAAAUGGUAACGACCUCGAGGCUGACGCCGAUGUGUCUGAUGGGAAGAAGAACAUCGUUGGGAAAGUCCUGGACACGUGGAAAGAUGAGAAAAAUGGCGGCCGGGUAGUAGUGGUGCAUUGCAAGGCUGGCAAAGGCCGCAGCGGAACCAUGGCUUGUAGCUAUCUGAUCGCUGAAUGCGGCUGGACGCCGGAGGAAGCCCUUGCGAGAUUCACCGAGAGGAGGAUGCGGCCGAAAUUCGGCGCUGGCGUCACUAUCCCAAGCCAGCUCCGGUGGAUCGGAUACGUCGACCGCUGGGCUAAAGGUGGGAGGAAAUACGUCGAUCGGGAGUUGGAGAUAGUCGAGAUCCACGUUUGGGGACUGCGGUCCGGCGUCAAGCUCUCGGUUGAGGGGUUCGUAGAUGGGGGCAGGAAGAUCAAGGUCGUCCACACAUUCACGAAAAGGGAGCGGCUCAUAGUAGAAGGCAACGCGCCGGGCGAUAGCGGAGUGAUGGAUAUGUUCUACGAUAUGGCUGGCUAUGGAACUAAUUCUGCGCAGGGGCAAGAAGUACUCGAUGAAGCGAAACAAACCGGUCAGGUGCAAAAUGCAGAGUCUACAACAAUAUCUCCUAAAGAGCCUGUUCUAUCGCCAGCCAAGUUGAAGGGGAAACCGAGUCCAAAGCUCAUUACCAAAAUCCCACAACACUCAUCCACCGAACCGACCGAACCUACUAAUUCUACUCUUAAGACCUCCGAGAACGGUAGUAAACAAAAGUCUAACAACACCUCAAGUUCGUCAUCACCCCUUAAAGAUGACGAUGACUCUGAACCUGGAGGUAUGGCUGUCAUUUUCAAACCUCAGAGCCCGAUUAUUCUACCUAACAGCGAUGUAAAUAUAUGUAUUGAGCGCCGCAAUCGCGCGCCUACUUCUAUGGGAUUCACUAUGGUCACUGCUGUGGCACAUGUCUGGUUUAAUACCUUCUUCGAAGGUAACGGACCUGAAAAGGACGGUAGCCCCGACAUGAAUGGGGUCUUCCAGAUAGAAUGGGAUAAGAUGGAUGGGAUAAAAGGCUCAAGCCAGAAGGGCACACGAGCUGCUGACAAAAUUGCGGUUGUGUGGAAAUCUACCGCGCCAGAUGGCGGCGCAAAAGAGUCGACCAUGCCUAGCAUUGAUUCGCCCGUACCGCAGAUGCCGGCUGCUGAUUGGAAAGGAGAGAAUGAUGAAGAUCCGGACAACCAGAAACACUUAGGAUUGCGCGUGAGAAGCCCCGACAGCACAGACGUCAGUCAGGCUAGCAGUAUCAAGGAGGAAACUAUCGACGAGUCUAAAGCUAAGGGAAAGGGGAUUGAAGACGAUGUUGGAGCUUCAGAAUAUGAUAUGAAGAGAGAGGGUAGUAGUGCCUUGCGAGACGAGACAGGGAUGAAAGAGGGCGACGUAGAGAAACUCCAGGCCUAUGCAGAUAAACUCCCCAACCCUGAAGGAAAUGAGAAAUAA